UCAUGGCGGAGCUGGCUGUGUUGAGGGAAAGCUGUUGAAGAGUUACGUUACUUUGGAGUAGUUUAAGUAAUGGAAAUAUCGUCUUCGAAAGAGCAAGAAACGCAAGAAUGCCCUUCAAACGAACUUCGAGUCGUUUCUCUCUGAAAGUCUGCGAGAUGUGGGGCUUUCUGCCGUUGGAUUAAUGGAUUUCAGUUUUUUAGUGAAGUCAACAGCUUUAUACAACAAAUAUGGCUACUUGUGUCUCUCUCAAUUUGAGAUGAAAAGCUACUCAGCCCGGCUGUUCAAAACAAUGCAGUCAACGCCACUUUCUUCGAAGUGAUCAUUCGGAACUAUUUUUUCUCUCAACCUUUGCGUUUUGAGAAUUUUAACUCGCUGAAGGGUCAAUCACUGAACUUCGCUAGCUGAAAUGGAGCCUAAACACAAAGAGUUGCUAGAUCAGUACCACCAAAACUUGUUGGAAUCCAUUACAGAUGCCGAACGAGUUGUGGAGUUUUUAGCCAAAACAGGUACAUUAACCCAGGUGGAGCGAUUCGAAUUGGAAAACAACUGCUCGUCAAGCUCAGAAAAAGUUGAUCUUCUACUUAAGAUGCUGAUGAGCAAGGAGAGAGACCACUUUCAAGACCUCUGUUUGGCCCUCGAGAAGACGCACCCACACCUGUAUUCUACUCUCGUCGUGAACGGUGGAGGAUCAAUGGACCAUUCCGGCUCCACUUACAGCGUCCUCUCCACCAUGCCCUCCGACUCCGAGAGCAGUAGCUCCCUCAGCAGCAUAGGUACGACGGGCAAAGCUUCGUCCCCGCCGCCGCCGGCGCUCCAGGAGCAGCGGCCGCCGGGGGAGCGGCUGGAGGCCGUGCUGUUCCAGCUGCGGCAGGUGACGCGCCAGAGGGACGAGCUCCGCAAGCGCCUGGCCCUCGCGUCGCCCGGGACCACCUUCGACGAAUGCAGGCCGAGCGGGCCGAAGCCGGGCCACGACUACGAGCGACUCAAGCUGCAGUGCACCAAGGCCAUGGGAGACCUGCAGUCGCUGCAGAACCAGCACAGCAAGACCCUGCAGCGCUGCGAGGAGGCCGUCAAGGAGGCCGACUUCUACCACACGCUGCACAGCCGGGCGCUGGGCGAGCAGGGGCAGCUGAAGGAGGAGGCGGAGGGCCUGCGCCGCGACUACAGCCAGCUGCUCCGCGAGCACCAGCACCUGCAGCAGGGCUGCGACGAGCUGCGCAGGCUCCGCCUGGACGACCAGCGGGAGGCCGCCGACCUGCGCAUGCUCCAUCAGCAGGUGAUUCGGGAAAAUGGGUCGUCGGACAUCCUUAACAAGCUCUACGACACGGCCAUGGACAAGCUGGAGACGGCGCGCAAGGAGUUCGAGGCGCUACGCAAACGCUACAACGAGAAGACGGCCAAUCACAACGCGGACCUGAGCCGCCUGGAGCAGGUGGAGGAGGAGAACCGGCGGCUUCAGAAGCAGGUGGACGUGCUGCUCAAGCACCGAGACUCGGCCGUCCACUACCAGCAGCAGUGCUCCGCAGGCAUGAGGAGACUGGACGCGCUACAGCAGGAGCUAGCGGCGGCGGCGUCGCGCGGCGCGGAGCUACAACGCGAGCUGGAGCGCGUGCAGUCGGAGGCCACGCGCUCGCGCACGCUGCAGCUGAAGGCGGGCCAGGAGGCGGAGAAGCUGCGCGAGGAGCGCGACGCCGUGCUCAGCGAGUACCGCCUGGUGAUGAGCGAGCGCGACCAGGUCAUCAAGGAGGUGGACAAGCUGCAGACGGGCCUGGAGACGGCCGAGGCCAAGCUGAAGAACACGUCCAGCCAGCGCAGGGUGGCCAGCGAGGAGCUGGAGGCCCUCAGACAGGAGCUGGGCUCGGCGCUGGUGGAGCGGGACCGUGCGCUGUGCGAGCGGAACGAGCUGCUGGAGAAGUACUGCUUCGAGGUGAAGGACAAGGCGGAGGCGCAGAAGGAGCUGAGCCAGGCCUGCCGCGACAUGGAGGCCGUCAAGGAGGAGCGCGACGUGGCCCGCAAGGAGCGCACCGAGGCCAUCAUCCAGAGGGACCAGCUGCUCCGGGAGUACUACCAGGCCAGACAGAAGCAGGACUCGGCGGCGCUGGACAUGGAGCGGGCCAACAAGGAGCUGGAGAUCCUGCGCAAGCAGUGCGAGGCCAUGAGCCAGGAGCUGCAGGAGGCAUCGCAGGAGGCCGAGGUGGCCAAGUGCCGCCGCGACUGGGCCUUCCAGGAGCGUGACAAGAUCGUGGCCGAGAGGGAGAGCAUCAGGACCCUGUGUGACAACCUGAGGAGAGAGAGAGAUCGGGCCGUGAGUGACCUGGCCGACGCGCUCCGCAACCUGGACGACACGAGAAAACAGAAGAAUGACGCCGUGCGGGAACUGAAGGAGCUGAAGGAGAAGAUGGAAGACCAGCUGGAGAAGGAGGCCCGCUUCAGACAGCUGAUGGCCCACAACUCGCACGACUCGGCCAUCGACACCGACUCGCUGGAGUGGGAGACCGAGGUGGUGGAGUUUGAGAAGGACAGGGAAGACAUGGAUUUGAAAGCACUGGGUUUCGACGUAGCAGAAGGGGUAAAUGAUCCGUAUUUACCAGGUGACUGUGGAAUAUUUGUUACGAAGGUGGACAAAGGAAGUGUUGCUGAUGGAAGGUUGAGAGUGAAUGAUUGGUUGUUGAAGAUAAAUGACGUGGAUCUGGCCAAUAAGGACAGGAAGCAGGCCAUCAAGGCGGUGCUCAGCGGAGGCGGGGUGAUCAACAUGGUGGUGCGCCGGCGGAAAUCCCUGGGCGGCCGCAUCAUCACCCCCAUCCACUUGAACCUGGCCGGCCAUAAAGACAGCGGCAUCGGCCUGGAGAGCGGCGUGUUUGUUGCGUCGGUCGCCCCCGGCAGCCCCGCGGCCAAAGACGGCUCCCUGACCAUCGGAGACCGGCUCAUCGCUAUAAAUGGGAUCGCUCUGGAUAACAGAUCGCUAAGUGAGUGCGAGUCGCUUCUAAGGGACUGUCGCGAUUCGCUGAGCCUCUCGCUCCUCAAGUUCUUCCCCCAGAGCCUGUCGGGCCAGAGUCUGUUCGAGGUGGCGCGCGAGCUGGACAAGAGCCCGAGCGGCAAGCUGUCCGGCUCCGAGGUGCUGUCGCGCAACUGCCGCAACCUGCGGCACAACAGCUCCACGCAGACGGACAUCUACUCGCCCGAGAGCCCGGCGCCGUCGUCGGCCGAGCCCAGCCCGCCGCCGUACCAGGACGUGGUGUGCUACCAGCGUCACCUCACCGCCGCCGCCGCCGUCAGCCCGCACCAGUCCAAGCGCCCGCUGACCUUUCACCCGGCAUCGGUAUCCGCGGCGACGGCGGCGGCGGCGGCCGCGGCGGAGUGCGUCUCGGUGGCGGUGGACAUGCCGCCCGAGAAGAGCCACACGCCCCAGAGGAGCAGCGGGGGUACGUGGCCGCGGGUGCUCGCGGGCGGAGGACCGCCGCCGUCUUCGUCGACGUCGACGUCGUCGUCGAUCUCUUCGCCGGACGCGGCGGCGGCGGCGGCGCCGCUCUCCAUCUUCCGCGUGACGGCCAAGCGGCGGAAGCCCAUCUUCGACGCCGACAUCUUCAAGCGGCCCGACACGCCCACCAAGCUGGACUACGUGUCGCUGUCCAAGGCCCGGCCGCAGAGCCCGCGCACGGACGCCCCGAGCACCCCCCCGACGCCCCCCACGCGCAGCGACUCCUUCAAGUACAAGCACAAGCAGCAGAGCAGCUCGGCGUCCGACUCCACGCUGACCACCGGCUCCCCGCCCUCCACCCCCGCCCAGUGCCCCCCGCCGCCCGCCCCAGGAGGCCAACCGGGAGGGGAGCUCCGGACCCGAGAGGACGUAGCGGUCAGAACCGGGCCGGAGCAGGAGAUGAAGAGGCCCAGACCCAGCUCUGCCCCCGCCCCACGCCGACAGCUCACCCCGCUCAAGAUCCCCAUACCUAUGCAGGCGUACGCCAAAGACGAGCGUUCUCCAGACUCCCUGGGGCCCGUCGACUUCUCCCCCACCCCACCGCACGCCCACAUGGGCUUCCUCCCGCCGGGCUACCACGGCCCUCUGCCAGGACAGCCCUCCCCGCGUGGCCUGUCUCCCUGUUCGGCUGUCACCACGGUGAUGCACAACCCUGUGUACACAGCCUGGAGCCACUGGGUCAGCAGCAACAACACCUGCCCUCCCGCACCACACUCACGCAACAGUCCUCAGCACCAGGGCCGUCUGAGUCUGGAUCUCAGCCACAAGCGCUCCAGUGAGCUGAGCGAAGGCGCCCGCCGCACUCCACACAGCACCAACUCCCUGCCCUCCAGUGCCAGACACGGUGGGGUAAGCAGUCAGUAUCGUGCGGAGCGAAUCAAGAUCCCCUCCACGCCCCGAUACAUGCGCUCGGCGCAAGGCUCCACACAGGGCUCCGACAGAGGCUCCCUGUCCCACUCGGACUGCAGCACCACCAGUCUCAUCACCCCUCCUCUAUCCCCCCUCAACCUGGAGACCACCUCCUUCGUCAGCAGCCAAUCACAAGGCUCCAUUUCCUCCCACGUCAGACUGUCCGUCAGCCCUGCACCAAUGGGAGACCGCCGAAACGACAGGCCGUAUCUGGAGGAGCCGCGCGCCGUGUCCAUCCACAAGGGGGCCGAGCCGCUGGGCAUCUCCAUCGUCGGCGGCGAGAACGGCGGCAUCUUCGUCUCCAAGGUGACGGGAGGCAGCAUCGCUCACCAGUACCAGCUGGAGUUUGGAGACCAGCUGUUGGAGUUUAAUGGCAUAAACCUGCGGAAUGCCACAGAGCAGCAGGCACGGCUGAUCAUUGGUCAGCAGUGUGACACGGUCACCAUCCUGGCCCAGUACAACCCUCACAUGUACCAGCUGGGCAACCACUCGCGCUCCAGUUCCAGGAUUGAUCCAAUCAGCGGUCAUCCCUCGUCGCACGGCAGCGGAGCCACGCCCCCCGAUGACCACUCCACCAUCGACACGCUGAGCGAGCAGGACGAGGGCACCAUGACGCCGCCCUCCAAGCAGACCACUCCGACCACUAGCCCGCGCGGCUCUGUCAGGCGGGUGCUGCCGGAGCCGCGGCGGGUGACGGUGCAGCGGGUGCUGGGUGAGCUGGGCGUGUCCAUCUGCGGGGGCAACCUGCACGGCAUCUACGUGGAGCGGCUGGAGGAGGACAGCCCCGCCAGGGCCGCCGGCGGGCUCAUGCCCGGAGACCUCAUCCUGGAGUACAGCUCGGUGAGCCUGCAGGGCCGCACGGCGGAGGAGGCGUAUCUGGAGAUGCUGAAGCCCCUGGACACGGCCACCCUGAGGGUGCAGCAUCGCCUGGAGGAGUUCAACAUGCUCAGGGGCACCCCUGGAGACGGCUUCUACAUUAGAGCACUUUAUGACCGGAUGGCCGAGGUGGACGAAGACCUGAGCUUCAAGAAGGACGACAUCCUGUACGUGGACGACACGCUACCAAAGGGCAACUUUGGCUACUGGAUGGCCUGGCAACUCGACGAGAACGCGCAGAGACUAGGCAGAGGCCAGAUCCCCAGCAAAUACAUGUUGGAGCAAGAGCUCCAGCGUCGGCUGAGCGUUCCGGACGGGAAGGAGGAGGCCUGCUCCAGCCGGAGCCUGUCGGCAGCCGCGCGGCGUUCCUUCUUCCGCAGGAAGAACCGGCACAAGCGCAGCACGUCGCGCGAGGGCAAGGACACGCCUGCCCCCGACGCCAUCAGCACCGACUCCAUCCCCUACAUGGAGGACUGUGUAAACGUGGCCUACCAGCGUGUCCAGAAGGUGGAGUGCAUCUCCCCCAGGCCCGUGCUGCUCCUGGGGCCCCUGGUGGAGGCCACCAAAGACAUGCUGGUCAAACAGCCCGCCUGCAAGUUCUGCAGAUGCCCGCUGGAGGUAAUGAAGGCAUCCCAGCAGGCCAUAGAGAGAGGUGUGAAGGACUGCCUAUUUAUUGACUACAAGCGCAGGAGUGGCCAUUUUGAUGUGACCACUGUGGCCUCCAUCAAGGAGGUGACCGAGAAGCAGGACUGCCACUGCCUGCUGGACAUCGCCCCCCACGCCAUCGAGCGCCUGCACAGCGUUCACAUCUACCCCAUCGUCAUCUUCAUACGCUACAAGAAUGCCAAGCAGAUCAAGGAGCAAAAGGACCCUGUGUAUCUGCGGGAUAAAGUCUCUCAAAAACAUUCCAAGGAACAGUUUGAAGUUGCACAGAAGACAGAACAGGAGUACAGCAAAUACUUCACAGGGGUGGUCCAGGCAGGGAGUCUGAACUACAUUUGCACUCAGAUCGAGACCAUCGUGGAUCAGGAGCAAAGCAAAGUCCUCUGGAUUCCCGAUUGAUCACCGUUUUAAAUCACACACCGCCACCAACAAUUACCACAGCAACCAGCUGAAACACUAGUACAACAACAACAACAACAACAACAGCAGCAGCACCAACAAAAACACGUCGCUGAACACUAAACAACUACAAGAACACUUAACACGUUGACCAUGUGAAGGGGUACAACAGACUAAACUUAUGUGUGUGUGUUGUUAACGAACACUAAACACCUUAACGAUGUGAAGGGGUACAACAGACUAAACUUAUGUGUGUGUGUGUGUGUGUGUGUGUGUUGUUAACGACAUGCUCACAUUUCUAUUGCAUUUGCAUCACUGCGGCCCCUGGCCACUUUGACACUACCGAAGCUUUUGUUUUUCUUUCAGUCACAAUAGUAACACUUCAUUUCAGGCAAAAACAAACACUCGUUUACAAUCAACAACAAUUGUGUUUAUGUACUUUUGUCUUGCGUACUUGAAUGUGUUUUUCUCCUCUGUUUUUUUUUUUUUUUUUUUUAAUUUUUAAACCUCACCCAUUCUUUAAUCCCAAACCUCUCCCUGAUUCUGUCCUUUGUACUAGUCAGAGCAGACCUGUUUGAGGGUUCACCUUUGAUAACGCAUUAGCUACCGUUAGCCUGGGGUACGUACAACCUAAGGAAAGAUUAUGUUUGUCGCCAGCAUGCAACAGCCUAAUGACACACCCGUUGUCUGUCUCUUCUUGAUUUAAUCAUGUAGAAAUCUCACUGCUAGGUCACAGACUUGGUCUAAUGUAUGUAGCAAGUGAUGAUGAUCGCUCCGUGGGAAAUCACCCCGUGUCUUUUAUUUUCUCCUGUGUAUUUUGUGUUCCUCGUCUCUUACUCUCGUCGAUUUUAAAUGUAUCUAUUUAAAGGACAGAAAAAGUACUGGUGCAAUUUGUUUUGACGGUAUGGUCAUUUAAUAUUUCCCUCCUUGUUAAUUUCCGAUUAACUUUUUUAUAUAUAUAUUAUUAUUAUUAUUAUUGAUAUUACUGUUGAUGUUAUUUAAUAUGGUUUUGUAGCUCUGAAGUGAGAUGCAGAUAUGUUACUAAAGGAUGAAUCCAGUGCUCAGUCUUAAAACAGAAUUCUGUCCCUCAGUAUAACAUUGUGCCAAAUCUCCAAGUCUCUCCCUUCUUAUUUUGGCUCUGUUUUGCACUUGAAUCUUUCCCUUCUAGCAUUUACGCUCUGAAAUAUAUUUUUGUUAUCAUAUUGCUGUUUUAUUUUAGGUACGUUGACUAGUUAUCCUGUACAAGCAAAUGCAAGUGGUGUGUGUGUGUGUGUGUGUGUGUGUGUGUGUGUGUGUGUGUGUGUGUGUGUGUGUGUGUGUGUGUGUGUGUGUGUGUGUGUGUGUGUGUGUGUGUGUGUGUGUGUGUGUGUGUGUGUGUGUGUGUGUGUGUGUGUGUGUGUGUGUGCGUGUCUGUGCACAUAUGUAAGUGUGUGUGUGUGCGUAUCGUCAGUGUGUUCCCCAUAUCAUGUCCCUAACAUUUCACUAAUGUCCUGUACACAAAGCAGGAAUCGUUCUCCUACUUUAAAUCAUGAAGUGAAAAAGGGAUGUUCUCUUGCACAUUUUUUUUAUUAAGAAAAUGCUAUCCUGUGGUUGGACCAUCGAUUCACAACAAACCAUUUGGAAUCAUUACUUCAGUGAUGUCGAAAGAACUUUGCUGGGUUUUCCAGUAAGUGAUUACUGUAAGAGAGACAUUUCUCACAAUUGAAGACACCAAAUGUGUAAGCAUUAUGCUCAAAUUGGGAUUCUUCUCAAUGAAUAGACAUGACCUCUAUCUAAUGUUAAAUUAAUAAAUACAACUUAAAUUGUG